UUAUGAAUCACUUCAAUCUUAUAUUUCCUUGUGGUUUGCCAACCUUGAACUGUCACGCCUGAUUAAGGACUAGAAGUAUCGUACACGAUGACUUAACCUGUAUCACCAGCUACCUAAUGACUACCGAAGUUGCUCACGUCGUGAUACCUCAGCCUUAACUGAAUACUAUAUAAACGGCCUCUGUUCUUCCAUAGAAUUUCCCCAUCAGCUCAACCUCAUAUAAAACCACACGCCCAGAAAUAAUCUCUAAAUUCAUAGAAUAUUUAUACGUCAGCGCGAACGGCAACUUCCGCUUUUACCAGUACUUUCAUUCAGGGGUAAAAACACCAUGUCUUACGCUGGUUCCGACACCUCUAGGGAGGACCCUGUGAGUGAUGACUCUGCUGACAACAGCAGCAGCGAAAGCGACGAAACUGAUUCGUCUUCCCAGGAGAAACCAGAGGCGGAUUCCGACGUGCCCAUGGACGACGCCAAUGACGCCGAUAAUGAACAAUCAUCUUCCGAUAACGACGACUCUCAUAGCGUAUACGACUCUCCCGAAGAGGAUACAGAGGGGGAAAUCGUCCAGUGUGAGGAAUGCCACUGCUGGCUAUUUCUGCCCUGGUUUUCUUUUCCUUUUUGCGAUAAAGUUGAGAUGAGGUGCUUACAACUCAUUGCGGAGGGUCACUUGAUUUGUAUUCACUUGAUUUGUAUUUGACGCUGGUGAUUAAAAGCGCCUAUUGGCCUGCAUAAGGCCAAGUCGAU